GUGGCGUACGCUAGCAAGCCUCGUUUUCAAUAUGCUAUAAUUUUCCGAAUUCAGCGUCUGCUAGCGUGCGUACGACAGGCUUUCUUAGUGUUGUCUGGAUAAAUUUUAUAACAAAAAAGAUCUGAAAAUCAUGGAAGGGGCAACUGAUACUACAUGCGUUUUGGUUACCGGCGCCAGCGGUUAUAUUGCCACACAUAUCAUUCGACAGCUACAAGAAGAAGGGUACAAGGUGAGAGGAACUGUGAGGUCACUUGAGGAUAAAGAGAGGGUUGAAAGAUUACAGAAUCUAUGUCCGGAAGCUGAGUACAAACUUGAACUUGUGGAGGCUGAUCUCACCAAACCAGAAUCAUGGGAGCCGGCAGUUAAAGAUGUGACAUAUGUUAUACAUGUGGCUAGUCCAUUCCCGUCACAGGCUCCUAAGGAUGAAAGUGAACUUAUUACACCAGCAGUGGAAGGGACACAGGCCAUUCUGAAGGCAUGUGUACAAGCCAAAUCUGUUAAAAAAGUAGUUCUUACCAGUUCAAGCGUGGCCGUUUGCUAUGGCCAAGCUGAGCCCAACAAAGUGUAUAACGAGGAAGACUGGAUGGAAGCAGAAAAACUUGACGGAUACGGAAAGAGCAAAUUGAAUGCUGAGAAGGCGGCAUGGGACUACGUCAAGGAAUUACCAGAUGAAGACAAAAUCGAGUUGGCUGUCGUUAACCCAGGAUACGUCAUGGGACCAGUUCUGCACGGCGCACAGUGUACUAGCACAGACGUUGUUAAAAGGCUGUUGGAAAGAAACAUGAUGUUUGUUCCAAAACUCAACUUCUCACUUGUCGAUGUACGUGACGUCGCCGCCGCCCACAUCAAAGCCAUGACGCUACAAGAAGCUUCCGGGAAACGUCACAUACUCGUCAAUGAAAACAUGUGGAUGAAAGAAAUUGCUGUCAUUCUUUCAAAUGAAUUUAAAAGCCAAGGUUAUAAUGUACCCACCUCUAACUGCCCUAAUGCCAUGUUGAGCGUGUACGGUGUGUUUAACAAAUCUAUAAAAAUGAUCAUUCCACAAUGCAACAAGGUCAUCAAGUUCGACAACACAAGGAUGAAAGAAACUCUUGGAAUAACACCACGUGAAAUGAAGGAUACCAUCAUCGACAUGGCUUACAGCCUUAUAGAAGCUGGUCUAGUUAAAAAGGCAAAGAAAUUCAAGGGACCUGGUGGGGCACAGGAAGAAGCUAAAGAAGAAGAGGGAAAGGCGGAGGAGGGAGAAGAAAAGAAAGAAGGAGAUGAUGAGAAAACAAAAGAAAAUGGAGAUAUAAAAGACGCCGAUGCAAUAGAAGAUGAUUUAAAGAAGGAAGGAAAAGAAGAAGGCAAGGAGGGCGAAGAAACGAAAGAUAACAAAGUUGCUGAGGAAGAAAAGAAAGCUGAAGAAACAAAGACAGAGGAGACAGAAAAGACAGAAGAAAAAACUGAGGAAAAGAAAGAAGAAACAACUGAAGAAAAGAAGGAGGGAGAAUAGGAGUUAAGAUAAAUGAAUUAGGACAUUUACAAAUUAAUUUAUUAAGAUUGAGCAAAUCUAUAGGUACCAGUAUACAUAACGCGGUGGUCUGUAUGAAACAUUAGGUCAAAUGAAAUUACGAUAAUGAUCAAGUGUAAGAAUUUGUGCCUCUGAAUUUAUAAGUUGAAAAUCUCGUUUUGUCUUUGAACAUUAAACUUUGGCUAGAUGCUACGCCGCACAUGACAUGUACCAUUACAAAAUAUUUUAUGCCAGAAUGGUGUCUAUUUCUUGUCGCCUGACAGUGUGCCCUUAGACAAGCACAAAUUAUAUGCCGUCAAAUAAUGUGCCAUCAGAUAAGCGCAACUCAUGUGCCAUCAGACAAGCAAUUGUCGUACUGACCAGAUUUUGCUCGUAAAUAGCAGAAUUAUGAAAAAAGUUUUGUUUGUUAUUUAUGAGCAAGGAAACAAGGUCGGGGUGAAUGUCUAGUGCGGUCAGGCGACAAGCUGAGAAGACAUUCUGGCCUUAUAUACAUGUAGAGAUUAUUAAUUUUUAUCUUGUUGUCGCGUUUGUCUUAACUUCACUUUUCACAUUUUCUUCAUUAGGAAUGUGUCCGUUUAAGAGCCAUGAGUUACAAAAAGCAAUUGAGGCUUUGGCCAAAAUUAACACAAUAUGAUAAGAAGUAUCAUGAGUCGUAUGGUCAGUUUUCAUACUGUUAUCAUCGGCAUCACCAUCAUCAUUAUAUUCGUUGUCGUCGUCUUCAUCUUUAAUAUCACCAUUCUUUCUGACGUCUUCAGUCUGUCCUUAUUCGCCAUAACAUCAGCAUUGCCUUCAUCAGCAUCCACAUUAUAUGUAAGGUCAAUUUCAUAUUUUAUCAUAACUGUUUAAUGUGUCAUCGAUUUCUUUAUAAUUCACCAUGUAUAUGUCGGUAUAUGUUGUGCAUAAUUUUGUGAUCUUAAAGCUUUCAAUGCAUUUGUAGACAGUAGCAUUAUUAUAUAUAAUGGUUACAUUAAAACACUUUCUGUAUAAAUAAGUGUAGGAUACAAUUGCUCCGUAAACUGAGUACAAGCCUACAUUCUAGUCUGUUCAACGUGUAUACACAUGUGCAGGGUAUUUUAGUCGGGACUUUAACAGCUGACGCACUGACCAGCCGUUGAGGUGUACCUAAAUAACAGUGGGGAGCAGACCGUGGGUUAUAUACUGAUGGACACGUACUCGUUUUUCAUUUGUCGGCACUAAAAUUAUGUGUGGUAGUGGGAGUAUCUCGAACGUUUUCUACAACAGUUUUCUAGUCUAAAGUGAGGACAAAUAAAAGCUAAGGUAUGAAUCUCAGACUGUAGGAACGAUUACGACUGCAUCUGCAUUUACUGCCAAUUUGCGUCCCAAACUAUACCUUAGUUUUCUAAUUGGCUGUAAGCGUAAGGUCUAACCAAUCAGUCGUUUCCGUUAUACAAGACUAUCUGAUUGGUUGGAUUCUUUUGCACGUUUUUUUGACGCAGCCAAUUAGAAAAUCGGAAGAAAAUCCGUAACCGGUAUUUCACAGGGUACAAGAGGUAAUUAAAAGUACAAAUUGGAGAUUAAAUGACAUUUCGUAUUCACGCCGGGUUUUUUGUCGUGCAUAUGUACUACUUUACCAUAUUGUGCUUAUCCUAUAUGAUUUAUAUAUUUUUUGUACAGUUCUAUAUUUUGUACAUAUUUACCAAAAUAACAAUUUGCUAAACAUUUAUUAUAAUGUAUGUUUCUUAAUGAAUGUAUUUUUUAUUUUAUAUUACGCUUUUUAUGACUAUUUUUCUAUUGAGAUUACAUUUAAUACCAGUAUAUGCUUUUGUGUAAGUUCAGUUUUAUACAUUCACAUGUCUAUGACAUAUGUGUUCAACAUUUAUAUUCUUUAAAGUCCGUACUAUUCACCGCUUUUGGUAGAUACUUAAGGAUUCCAGACUUUUAAAUCGCCGCGUAUCUUUGGUAUCAUUCUGCUAGAACCUUUGCAAUAAUACUCGUCUACCUGUUAAGUAUUUCUGUAAAGUCUCUACUGAAUGUACGACAAUAGCAAAAGGUGUAAGUCUAGAUUUUUCACUGAGAUCGUGAUAAUUUUGAGUCUUGAAUACCUUGCUAAUUCACUUUGUCAUUGCGUGAUAAACUUCCACAUGUAUUUAAAUGUAGCAUCUGUUUUUAUUUCAAUUUACACGUCUGCCUUUAUAUCUUAGAAAAAGUCUAAGCUGAUACCUGUCAACAGAAUGCAUUAAAUUAUUAAAUAAAUUGUUAUUUAUUUGGCCGGGCACUGUGAAAUGAAACAAUAGCAAUUUCUUUUCUGUUUAGCCAGCUAAUACUCCCUCAGUUUCCUGGACGAACAAUCAGUACUUUGAUUGAAUGUAAAAGUGUGUGCGAGUGUGGCAUAGACUGAAAGCAAGUGUUUAAAAGAAUGAAGUGUUGCAUACAUGAACAGAAACUUAAAUCUAAGCUAUAUUCUUAUUCGCAUUCCUAAUUAUUUGAAAUAAGUAGUUCUACAUUGGAUUUCUCAACUUUAUUGCAAUUUCUGCUCGUAAGUUUUGUUUUGAUCCAGUGAGCAAAUAUCAUAGCUUGAUAACUCGUUUUGUAUACGUAAAAAUCUAUAAAGAGACCAAUUCAGAGUGCGAUGAAUAUAUGUGAAAAUGAUGCUUGUGACUUGAUACACAGAGAAACUUCUGCAUUUAAUCUGAACGUUUAUUUUACUGGGACCAUAUUUACCUCUGUAAAUGGAUCACGAAUACCAUAUUUACCAUUUUUUACGUAAAAGAUGUUUUUUUCGGAUUGUUUGGAUUACAGAAGAUAUACAUUUUUAUGUGCGUCUUAUUUUCUAAUUAAAUGUCUUUUACAUGUAUUACCAGUAACCUGAUUAUGGCAAACAAAAAGAUAGAAGUUGCUAUUGUAUAAGAUGUAAGCGUAUUUUUUUCCAGACAAUUUACCCUACUAAACAGAAAUGAAAAAUUCGGUUAUGUUCACAAUAUAUACAGUAAUUCUUGCCUUAUGGAAACCGAUUCCUCCAGUUAUUUUCAGUAUUAGUGUUCUCACCAGCUUUAUACAUGUAUAUUUCUACUGCUUCUAUUUGCUCAUUAAUUCCAGUCUUCUCAAUUUGUUUUAUGAUUGUCAAGACUUUGUUUACGUCUGUCCGUUUUGGUGUGACACGAACAACAUUUAGUAUGUUCCGCCGUCAUCUUGACAAAGUUGAAUGAUGCGCAUGCUCACAUUUGCUUGAAACAUUCUUUAAAGAGACAACAAUAGACACCUUGUAAAAUGGCUGAAGAAUUACGACAUAAAAAUGUAUUAUCAGAAAUUUAACGUCUUUUCUUUUUUAAAUCAUGGAUCAAAUGCCUCAGUGAAUCUGGUGCUUCCCUUGUUCUAAGUAUUCAAAACAUUUAUGCAUCUUGCUUGCAUGUAGAAAUCGAUCGACCGAUUCCGCAGUGAACUACGUAUGAUAUUGAUUUCUAGAUUUUCAAGACAAGGGGUCAGACGGUUUUGUCAAAUAGGCGCCAGAUUAUCAGCACAAUCAAAGCACAAGCAACUUGAUAAAUAGGACCCUGUGGCCUUCCACCAAUCCUGUAUGUUCAGUUAUAAUGUUGUAAGCAGAAAAUGAUUUUUUGAGAAAUAUAAUUUCAUAAAAUCUUAAUUUCAGUUUUGUUUUUGUGUGUAUGGAUUUUGGUUGCAAUAUGUUAAUUUUUCUUUAAACUAUUUUCAGACGGUUAUUUGCAUGUACUUGAUAUCUAGCUUCUUUGAAAUGUAAAAAAAAAACACUUGACAAAAACAGACUAGUUCCUUGUAUAUUGAAAGCAGUUUUCAGUGACGUCACUACGAGGAAGUUAGAGAAAAGUAAUUUCAUUAAUGGGCAAAAGCAACCAAUUAUAUUUUCAUGUAUGGAACGACUCAGAGGCCAAAAUGUUUCAUAUUGUUCAGAAAUAAGAAAUGUGCUUUAUGGACAUUAGGUUUGUAACUGCUCUUCCAUAUUUGUAAAUUUGACAAGUUGAUAUAUUUUGUGAUUACUGCCAUUGUAAACUGCGUUAUAUUGUGUAUUAUUGUGUAACUAUGGUAACAAGCUACCAAUUGUAAAUGUUUGCUUUAUAAUGCUUCAAUUGUUAUGAAUAAAGUACAGUUGCAUACACCAAA